AACCGCAGAAGUAGAGUUUCCUUAGUCGCUUUCGCAACCGUUCCUAGUCACCGGCCCAGAAAGUGUACCGUUCGCGGUAGUCCGUUGGUAUCGUGACCGUCGUCAACAUGGAGGAGCGGACCUUCCUCAGCUUAGACCUCAGCACCCAGCAGCUGAAAGGCGUCGUGGUGAGCGACAAACUCGAGAUCCUCAACAAGGCCAGCGUGAACUUCCACACUGACCUGCCGGAGUUCCGCACCCAUGGCGGCGUCAUCAUUGACAAGACCAACCCGCACUAUAUAACCGCGCCGUCCAUUAUGUGGGUGAAGGGCCUGGACAUGCUGCUGGAUCGGCUCACCAUGGAAGGUGUGGAUUUCUCGAAGAUAGCCAGCGUUUCUGGGAGCGCUCAGCAACAUGGUUCGGUGUACUGGGUUAGAGGGAUAAACAACACCUUGGGUAACCUAGAUUCGAAAGAAUUCCUGCACGUUCAACUGGCCACCAGCUUCGCUUUAUCUAAUAGUCCUGUAUGGAUGGAUUCCACAACUACUGAACAAUGCAGAGAACUAGAGAAGGCUGUAGGAGGACCUACGAAACUAGCAGAAAUUACAGGGUCAAGAGCUUAUGAGAGAUUCACUGGCUCGCAGAUUGCCAAAAUAUACCAUAAUAAACCGGAUACCUACAAUAGAACUGAAAGGAUAUCCCUUGUUAGCAGCUUCCUCUGCUCAUUAUUUUUGGGCAAGAUAGCCCCCAUAGACAUUUCGGAUGGCUCAGGAAUGAAUCUGAUGGACAUCCACACAAAAGAAUGGAACCAAACCCUUCUAGAUGCCUGUGGGCCAGACCUAGCUGAAAAACUGGGACAUCCUGUGCCUUCAAAUACUAACUUAGGGCCUAUAUCGAACUACUUUGUAGAAAGAUACGACUUUAAGCCUGACUGUAAGGUCAUCGCGUGUACUGGCGAUAACCCAGCAUCUCUAAUGGGCAUGAGACUGGAUAAAGAUUGGAUAGCCGUAAGUUUGGGGACAAGCGAUACUGUCUUUCUAUGGCUUUCGGAACCAACAGUGGUGUUAAACGGACAUGUUCUGUGCAAUCCUAUAGAUAAGGAUGCUUAUAUGGCAUUACUAUGUUUUAAAAACGGAUCCAUGACGAGAGAAAGAAUACGAAACAACUGCUGUGAAGGCUCCUGGGACACUUUCAAUCACCUUCUGGACAGCACGCCUAGAGGAAAUUUCGGCCACAUAGGACUGUAUUUUGACACUCAAGAGAUCCUCCCGUUCCUACGAGGCGACUACCGAUUUAACAAGACGGGACCUGUGAAUAAAUUUACCAGUUUGGAGGUAGAGGUGAGGGCAGUCAUCGAAGGGCAGUUCAUUGCAAAGAGGGCAUAUGCGGAAGAUUUUGGGUUCAAAUUCGAUAAAGAUACGAAAAUUCUAGCAACAGGAGGCGCGUCUGUAAAUAAAUCCAUUUUGCAAGUGCUAUCGGAUGUGUUCAAUGCACCUGUUUUUGUACAAGAAGCCGCAGAUUCUGCCAUGUUGGGGGCCGCAUACCAAGCGAAAUAUGGACUUGUAGGUGGCAGUUAUAACGCAUUAUUAUCAUCUCUGCCAGACCCUGAACUAGCAUGCCAGCCAUACAGUGAUGCAGCCGAGGUGUAUGGGCCCAUGGUAAAUCGAUACAGGAGUAUUAUCAAAGAACUUGUUAAAUGUUGUAAAUAAAUACUUUCUAAAAUCUA